AUGCUCGUGGUAAAUUUAUUUAAACACACACAAAAGAACAUAUUAUGUUUGAGGUCCGCUUCGACGAUAAACAAUAAUGCAGUAAAUAAUUCAGAAACAACUACACAACCAUUAAAGACAUGGGAGGAAAUUCCUGGUCCGCCGUCACUACCUAUUAUAGGAGAAAUACACCACUUUUUACCUGGCGGGUCGCUGUACAAAUUGGAAGGAUAUAACUUACAAAACCACUUAUAUAAAACAUACGGACCAAUUGUUAAGAUGAAGGGGCAUUUUGGUGGACCCGAUGUAGUAAUGCUAUUUGAUGCAGAGAGCUCAGCACAGAUCCUUCGAGCGGAAAACAAUUCUCCAAAACGACCUGGAUUUAUGUCACUGGAAUAUUAUAGAAAAGUAGUUAAAAGAAAAAAAGGCCACUCGGAUAAAUAUACUGGAUUAAUAACCGAUCACGGCCAAGAGUGGCGAGAAUUACGCUCUGCUAUUAAUCCUAUAAUGCUGCAGCCUAAAUCGAUAAAAGCGUAUAAUGAGGCAUUGGACGAAGUAGCACAAGACAUGGUUGCAAGAAUGAAAUCUUUACGAAACGAAAACAACAUGAUCAAAACUAAAUUCAGUGAAGAAAUAAAUUUGUGGAGUUUGGAAUCAAUCGGACUAAUAGCGCUUGGUGUCCGACUUAAUUCCUUCGAUUUUAAUUUACCGAUGGACUCUCCGGUACGAAAACUAAUUAAAAUGGUACAUGAAUUCUUUGCUGUGGCAGACAUAUUAGAUUUUAAACCAAGUAUCUGGAGAUUUUAUCCGACAAAAACAUUUAAACGUGCCAUGAAACUUUAUGACGAAUUGGAAAAUUUAAAUGCAGAAUUCAUAAAAAAGACCGUUAUGAGACUCAAAACAGAAAAUAAACCUGAUGAUGAAAAAAGUGUUUUAGAAAAACUUAUAGAUGUCGACGAAAAAGUUGCAGUUUUAAUAGCUAGCGACCUAUUAUUUGCUGGAGUAGAUACAGUAGCUAAUACGAUGAUAUUUAUAUUCUAUUUACUUGCAAUAAAUCCUGACAAGCAAAACAAAUUAAGAGAAGAAGUGAUGAAUAAACCAGACCGACGGCCAUACAUCAAGGCGUGCAUUAAAGAGGCAAUGCGACUAAUGCCUGUAGCUUUUGGAAAUUUAAGAGAAACCUCGAGGGAAUACAAUUUGCUUGGCUACAGAAUUCCAAAAAAUGUAUUUGUGAUAAUUUGCCACCAACAUAUGGCCUUAAUGGAGUGUCACUAUCCCAGACCACAUGAAUAUAUUCCAGAGCGUUGGUUAGUUGACAAGGAUGACCCGCUUUACUACGGAAAUGCCCAUCCUUUUGCAUUUAGUAUAUUUGGUUAUGGCGCUCGGGGUUGCAUAGGUCGAAGAUUAGCAGAAUUGGAAAUGGAGGUAUUCCUUGCUAGAGUGAUUGAAAAUUUUCAAAUACAAUGGCUUGGAGAACCAAUAAAGGUGCGACAAAGUGUCGUUAAUUACGUCGUAGAACCAUUUAAUUUUAUUUUUAAGGACGUUUGA